AUGCCCAGUAACAGGGGAUGCACCGGCCACCUCCUUGACACGGCUGUCCCCACUCCACCCCCCACGUCCCUGAUCGAUGGCUUUUCCACUCUUCCUGGCUGUUCAGGUAGGACCACCCCACACCAUGAAAGCCCAGGUGUUGGGUACGUAGCUGUGCCCAGCGGCGGCUGCAGCCCUUGGGCAAAGAAUCCACACCCGGAGCAGCAGGUGGCGGCGGGUCGUACGUUUGUGUCUGUACGGGCAGGUUUCAGUUCCCUCUACUUGAAUCGUCAAGGCACGCGACUCCGAAGGCUCCCUCAAGGGGAGCAACGGGCUUGGAAGCUUGCCGGGAGCUGGGUUUUUGUGCGGGCAGCUGGGCGGCCGGCCUCGCUGGGCGGGGCGGGUGGGCGCCGCUGCGCUGCUGGCCGCGGCCGGGAGGGGGCGGCCGCGCGCACUUCCUGCGCUGCGCCCGCCCGGCCGCGUCGGGGCGGCUGGAAGCGCGCGUCGCGGCGUCCCCACGGCUCCGGCCCGCCUGCGUCCCUGGACGCCCCAGGCCCCGCGGUUCGCCUGCCGGCUGCCUUCAUGGACGCGGCGCUGAAGCGGAGCCGCUCGGAGGAGCCGGCCGAGCUCGUGCUGUCCGCCCGGGGCGCGGAGGCGGCGGCAGAAGAGGGCAUGGAGCAGGGGCUGGAGGAGGAGGAGGAGGAGGUAGAUCCCCGCAUCCAGGGAGAAUUGGAGAAGUUAAAUCAAUCCACGGAUGAUAUCAACAGACGGGAGACUGAACUUGAGAGAGUACCAGAGGCCUCGACGCCAGCCAGCUGCCGCCUCGUCAGAUGGAUAUCAGCCUCCUCCUCCAACCUCAGUUUGCCUCUGGCCUUGUUGGAGCAGCACCAUAUCCCCUUUGCUCUCUGAUUUAUAUCAAGAGGGCCAGGCUUUUUGAGCUGUUGAAGUAACCUUUUACCCAGAAAGGCCCUUGGAUCUAAGCCUGAUGUUUGAAAUUAAGAAAAUAAAUGUAUUUUCCCACGGACA